AUGAAUUUAAUAGUGUACAUGAUGCUCAACGCACUAGCCUGCAUUCAGAGCGCCCCGAACAAAACCUGCAACAGAAUCAAGAUCCACGACCGUUGGUACGACAGGGAGGUGCUCUGGGCGAAUCUCGGCCGCCCGUUCAAUUUGUACGCGCACAAAACGACGAACAUCAUUUUCUUCAGCUACACCGUACCAGAGACGUAUUCGGACGUCGACUUCCAGCUGGCGUUCAUCGACCUGAACACCAAGGAGUUCCAGAACAUCGCGGGCAUCAGGGGCGGCUGUUCCGUCGCGAUAGACCACAGCAACGACGAGAUCUACCUCGGCGGCAGCGACGGCAUCUACAAAUACAACAUCAUGACCAAACUGGCCGACUUCUACAGGGAGGCCGGCAAGAACAUCUGGGCGCUGUUCUUCAGAAGGAACCUGUUCUACAUCAGCUACCCGGACCAGAGGCUGCACAUCGAGGUGGACGGCAAGUUCGCCCUCGUCAAGGAGUUCGAGGGGUUCGAGGUCGACCACUUCCACGUCACGGGCGACAACGAGAACAUAUACUUCGCGAACAAAACCGGAUUCUACAAAUACGACAACGAUAAGCAGAGAGUGAUUGUGAUAAACGACGUGAUAACUGUCAGACAGAUCUCCGAGGACAAUGACGGGGAUCUGUACGUGUGCACGAACCUGGGCGUGUUCAUAGACCUUAAGCAUGAGGGCUUCAAGAAGGUGUUGGACUUCAAGAACAUAUACAGUUUGACCUUCGACAAAGACAACAACGUCAUCGUAUCCGACGAAAAGCGCAUCGUCAAACUGAUGCAGACUCUGACCGGUUGCCCCGAUAGUGCCAACUCGCAGUGG